AUGAAGCGAGCAGAACAAUACGCCGCCAUUCCCAUUGAAUGGCGUAUCGACCAAGUUGUUCCUCCACCCAAAGACACGGACGCUUUCCUCCGUUUUUCUGGACUUUUGACAGCGGAAGAGCUUGCUUGUACGGAAAUUGAGGAUGUUCGAGUCUUGCUCGAGCAGAUCGCAACUCGAAAAUUGAGCGCUGUUCAAAUCCUCAAGGCAUUCGCGAAGCGAGCUGCCAUAGCCCAGCAGCUGGUGGGAUGUUGCACGGAGCUCAUGUUUGCAGAGGCACUCGAACGAGCCAGGGCCCUAGAUGACCAUCUGGAGCGGACAGGCUCGGUAGUUGGGCCUUUGCAUGGACUCCCGGUAUCCCUCAAGGACAUAUUUGAUGUCAAAGGAGUCGACUCUACCAUCGGCUGGGUCGGACUCAUCGGGAAGCCAGCAAAAUCAAACAGCGUCUUAACAGACGUUCUCAUCGCUCAAGGCGCUGUGCCUUUUGUCAAGACGAAUGUUGCGCAGGCUCUCAUGCUUUCGGACUCAUACAAUCAUGUUUUCAAGCAAUCUUUGAACUCUCUCAACCGCGAGCUGAUCUCUGGUGGCAGCUCGGGUGGUGAAGCGGCACUCGUAGGUUGUCAUGGUAGCCUGGUCGGGGUCGGGACAGACACCGGCGGCUCCAUACGUAUUCCGGCAGUUCUGCAAGGAUUGUACGGAUUAAAACCGACUGUUGGGCGACUACCGUUCGACGAGUCGAGGCAACCGUGGCGACAGGAUCCGACUUUGCUGCCCAUUCCGUGGCGCAAGGAGUUCGCGGCCAAGCCUGACAAGCCACUAAAGAUCGGAUAUUAUAUCAAUGAUAACAUUGUCCGUGUACAGCCGCCUAUUGAAAAGGCGGUACGGGCUGUUGUUGAUAGCCUCACAGCUGCAGGGCAUACUUUGAUCGAAUGGGAUCCCACCUCGCAUGCUGAAGCUUGCAAGGAUUGGGUAACCGCCACAUUCGCUGAUGGUGGUGAAUUCCACAGGAAGCUGAGUGAGGCCAGCGGAGAGCCACUAGUGAAAGGACUUCUUGUUGGAACCGAGAAAGACAUACUCCCAGUUGCAGAGUCUCGUGAUCUGGCUGCCAAAAAGCUCAGAUAUGAGAAAGACUACCUCAAGCGCUGGAAUGACGCAGGUAUUGACGCCCUCAUUACCCCGGUGGCACCCUGGGUUGGGAAGAGACCCAGAGUGUGGGCCGGGUCAAAGCCUCACGUCGGGUACACAUCGCACUGGAACUGGCUUGAUUAUGCAGCCUUGACGAUCCCCGUCAUGCGAGCUGAAAGCAGUAGUGCCUCGAGCCAGCAGUGGUCAGAUCAUGUCCCAUGGAAUGAGAGUGACGAGAUGAACUAUCAGCUGUAUGAUUUUGAUCUGAUUCGCGGCAUGCCGGUUGUUGUGCAGAUUAUUGGAGGAAAGUAUGGCGAGGAAAAGUGUGUCUCGGUCGCCAAAGUCGUGAAGGAUGUUCUGGAGGUGAAAUGA